AUGCCUAUAGGCAUGUCUCCAUUUUGUCUGGUUUAUAGAAAGGCAUGUCACCUGCCUGUUGAGCUAGAACACAAGGCUUAUUGGGCUGUUAAAAGUUGCUAUCUCAGCAUCAACGAAAAAGGUCCACAUAGAAGAUUGCAACUUCAAGAAUUGGAAGAGUUGAGGCAUGAGGCAUAUGAGAAUUCCAAAAUUUACAAAGCCAAAACCAAGGCUUUACAUGAUAGCCUUAUUUCCAAAAAACAGUUCAACAUUGGGAACAAAGUUCUACUUUUCGAUUCACACUUGAAACUAUUUUCAGGAAAAUUGAGAUCCCGUUGGAUUGGACCUUUCAUUAUUGAAAAUAUUUUACCCUAUGGUACUAUGGAAAUUCAAAGUUUGGAUAUAGGGAAAGCUUUUAAAGUCAACGGACACCACUUGAAGCUAUUUUAUGAAGGAUUUGCAGUUCAAGUUAUGCAGGACAUCCACCUAGAUGACCCUCAUUCUUCAGUUUGA